AAGAGUGGUAUCCCCACCCAUACAAUACAGUAUUUGGUCCAGCUAUUGUGUUUCCUCGCCUUGUUUGCAGGUGAGCGUAUUCCGCCACGCCACCGCCACCGCCACCGCCACGGCGGACGGGAAGAUAGAGCGCUCCUUAGUCAUAUAUGAAUAAAAAACCCUAAACCCUCCUUCCUCUUCCUUAUACGGUGGUUUCCCUUUCCCUCUCAAACUCAAAAAUAUUUUAAUUCCAAAUCCAAAUCAACUCCUAAUUAAUUAUUCCUAUAUUAAUUUCGUCCUUUUUCAUUACUACAAAAUUCAUCCAUCCCCAGAUCUCCUCUCUCUCUCUCUCUCUCAAAUUGAAAUUCAAAAUCCAUGGACGAGAAUCAACAUCGUCUUUCACCCUCACCUGGAGAAACACUUACUAAUCGCCAUAAUUCUACCAUGGACCAGUCGCUCUCGGCGGAUGAUGAGAGGAUUGUUUCAGCCAAUCCUCCUUCUGCGGAAUCAGCCAUUAUAAAACGCCCCCAAUCUUCUUUGACUGCACCCCCUCCUCCGGAUCUUAGCAUUGUUCCGCCGCCGCCGCCGCAGUUCAAUGUUUAUGAUUAUUCCUCACAUGACCAGGCAAUGCCACCACAUUAUGCCGGUUAUGGCCAUGGCACUGGUGUUUGGGAUGGGUAUUCUCCACAUCAUCAUCUUAAUGCGGCCGAUGGAUUGCAUUUAUCAUCGGUUAUCUACAAUGAUAAUCAAUCUCUUACGUUUCAUUCUGGAUAUGGCUUUAAUCCUGAUAUGGGAUACGGCCAAUAUUCUCCAGUUGCUACACCUCUAACUCCUAUAGUACUAGAUGGCCAGCUAUACUCCCCACAGCAGAUUCCAUUUUCACCAUUUUACAAUCCAAAUAUGCCAUCGUCAGGUCCUCUAGGCUCAUCAGAGCUAACAUCAUCGGAAAGCAAUGGUGAGAACUCCUUUUUUGGACCAGGAUCAGGUUACAUGGUACAUUAUGGGUCAUUUGGUGGGGGGAAUGUGCCUGGGGCUCCUGGCUCUGGUUCUUUAACAUCUGCAUCUGCUUAUCCUCAACCAAUGGGCAUACUUGGGCCAUAUGAGCACCAUGCUGCACAGGGUUAUCAGCAAAGACCAUUGCAUGGAUAUGGAUAUACAUCAACUUCCUCUGUUGGACAUUACUCGCAUGGUGGCUCUUAUCAGAGCACUGGUUUUGGCGGUGGUUCAAUUUCUUAUGCAGGGGCUAAUGACCGGACACAAGUUGGAUUUGAUAAGGGUAGGAGAAGAGAGAGAGAUCAGGGUUCAAUUUAUUCUUCUAAUGAUCUGCUUAGUUUUGACCGUAAUCGAGGACCAAGGGCUUCAAAGCUUAAGGGCAAGAACACCACUGAACAGCUUUCCUCCUGUGGUAAAAGCGAAGGCAAUUCCGCUAGCUCUGGGGUUCAGCUUGAUUUAUAUAACCGACCAGUUUUUGUCACUGAUUACAAGAAUGCCAAGUUCUUCAUAAUCAAGUCUUUCAGUGAGGAUAAUGUUCAUAAAAGUAUUAAAUAUAGUAUUUGGGCAAGCACGCCGCAUGGGAACAAAAAAAUUGAUGCUGCGUAUCGUGAAGCAAAGGAAAAGGAAGGAAACUGUCCAGUCUUUCUCUUGUUUUCGGUCAAUGCAAGUGGACAGUUCUGUGGAGUAGCGGAAAUGGUUGGACCUGUAGAUUUUGAGAAGGAUGCUGAUUAUUGGCAGCAAGAUAGAUGGAACGGCCAGUUCCCAGUCCAGUGGCAUAUUAUCAAAGAUGUUCCCAACAGUCGUUUCCGGCACAUACUACUUGAAAACAAUGAUAACAAGCCUGUUACUCAUAGUCGAGAUUCACAAGAGGUGAAACUAGAACAGGGUAUUGAGAUGUUGAAAAUUUUCAAGGAUUAUGAUGCACCUACAUCUAUCAUCGAUGAUUUUGGAUUUUAUGAUCAAUGUGAGAGAGCUUUGAAGGAAAGGAAGGCCAUACAGCAACCUAGUUUGAAAGUAGAUGGUCCAGGUUUGCUUGCUGAUGAUACCAUAAAUCAAAUGUCUGAUAGUUUUGUGCAAUCUCUCCAGUUGGAUGAUGUUAAUAAAGAACUGGCUGCCAGAGAAGAGGUUGUUAGUUUAAGACCUUGUAUGGAGGUUUUACCGGCUAUUAAUUGCAAUACUUCUGCGGAACUUGCUAAUGAUUCAAACAUUGAGGUUUCAGAAGCCGAAGAUUCCAACAACCAUAACUUGUCUCCUGCUUUAAAGUCGAAAGAGGGCAGCCACAAAUACCAGGAUUAAGCCUGUUGGGAAGAUGACCACAGUUAAGUUGACAGAUAGGAGCUGUUAGUUGUAGUUGCCAGAAUUGCUGGAUUGCUGGUCCCUGACGGAACAAACCCCUCUUAAAGAUUUAAUAGAUUCUUUGCUCACUGACUAGUGGGGUGGUAUAUUGGGUAUCUGAGUAGCCUGAUGACAAAACUAACAAGCUGGUUUUUGUUUUUCGAUCUUUACAGACAAUUGAGGGAAGUUAAUGUGGUCAAGGUGUUUUUUUUGUCUGGGUUAUUUUGAACGGGGAAGACAAUGGUGAUUGGUGAGGUGGUGAAGUCGUGGGAUGGCAGCGUAAAGUAGGAGUAGAUUUUGUAUACUAUGUAGUUGAUGCCCAAUUUGAAUUUAAUCCUGGGUUCUCUUUCUACUGAUUUUCCAGAGAGCAUUUGGCUAUUGGAAGGUUUGUAAUGUUACCAUUAUGGAGACAAAAUAGUGAUAAGAAGAGUUCAAUAAAAAAGAAAGAAAAUUCAACAA